CUGAAGAUGAAAGAUUUCAGAUCCUCUCCAUCUCAACCAACAUCUAGACUGUUCAAUUGCUAUAUCCAUUUGCCAACAAGUUUCAGGGUCCUGCCGUCAUCGUUGUCUUCUCCAUGCCCUUCCCGUCGAACCCAGGUUGUCGAUCCUGCAACGCUUCGGGCUCUCAUUAACGCGAGAUGCGAGUAUUGAGAUGAAGUGAGGUGACCAAACCAGCAUCAGGCGUGACAGCCCAGAUCAUUGCCAGAUUCCCCACCACAAAAUGCAGAUCGACCUCACCUUGUUACUCUUUCUGGCCCUCACUGUGUCUGUAUAAUUUCUCCUCACCUCCUCCAGACAUAUCAGGCUUCUGAAGUUCCUUGGCGUCCGCGGUGCAACGAUUCAAUGACGUCUGGACGCACCAAUGGCUUCACAGGAUUGCACUUAUCGGCUGCUUGUGGAAGCUAAUCCGCCGCUGAGCCACUCAAAAUGUUAAGUGCCGCUGACGUCGAUUGGUAGUAUCCACCGAUUCACAGCAUUGAUUAUUGAUCCCAGAUGAAUGUUCAAAGCUCAACUCGAUGAACCUUGGGAUCUUCGUGCGCUAGAUUAUCCCCGUUGAAGCUUUCCCCGCCUCUCCCAGGAGCAACCCAAGACACCCUGCAUGCGCCAUCAGGAUUAUUGUGCUAGCUUUCUCCCGGACCCGUGGACAUCUCCAUACAUGGCUGGUCGCAACGGUCGGCGACGGACCCAUUUGUGGCGUGCAAAAGCCGUCUUCGGCACGAGGUGGGUGGAGCAAUACGACAUAGAGAGCUUCAAAGUCCACUUCGCACAAAAGAAUCCUUGCGACUCGAAUCCCUGUCGCCUGAUAUGACGGAUAUCCAUACGGAAUGCGGUUGCGCAUCGUGCUCUACCCGACUUUGUGGACACUUCAUAGUUCAGGCCUGAUCCUCAUGUUCUGUCUUCCUUUGUUGCUUACACCCAUCACUGUCUGGCUGUAUACUGAUGCUAGCCUUGAGUGAUUUUGACCAUAGCACAUAACAGUUUGUCAUCCACCAAGAUGCAUACUCCCACAAGGCACAAUGACCCUCCACUCAAUAUGCCAGCCAAUCUCCGAGAGCAAAAUUCCUCGUCAUCAUCACAACCCUCUUCUGACGAGGUCACAUUCGCACACCGUGAGCAAGGUGCCUCACCCUCUCGUGAAAAAAAAGAGCAACAGCUGGGAACCUCGACCUUUUACCCUUACCAUGCCGAACACGGCCCUCCCAUCGACAAUGCAUUAAAAUACGACGAAGCCGAGGAUGACUACCGACAUCACAGUGAUCUUUGGUGGUCUCGAGUACGACAUCAACUACGUGACCCGUUUGCCGAGUUCCUAGGUACUUUUAUCAUGAUCCUGUUUGGUGAUGGUAGUGUUGCCCAGGUCGUCCUGAGUGCAAACCCCAACCUUCCUGAAUCAAGCCAAAACAAAGGUGAUUAUCAGAGUAUCUCAUGGGGCUGGGGAAUAGGCGUCAUGUUGGGUGUCUAUGUUGCUGGCUGCGCAGGCGGACAUCUCAAUCCUGCCAUCACCUUCGUCAAUUGUCUAUAUCGCAAAUUCCCCUGGUGGAAAUUUCCCGUGUACGCUUGUGCCCAAGUCACAGGCUGCUUUUGUGGUGCUGCCGUCAUUUACGGCAACUAUAAAUCUGCCAUUGAUCAAUUUGAGGGCUAUGGCAUCCGAACGGUUCCAGGCUACUCAGACACCGCCACCGCUGGUGUCUUCAAUACCUAUCCACAACCCUUCCUGACCAAAACAGGUCAGGUCUUUUCCGAAAUCAUCGCCAGUGCGGUCUUAGUCCUGGUCAUCUUCGCACUCAAGGAUGAUGCCAACCUCGGGGCCGGAAAUCUGGUUCCUAUCGCACUUUUCUUCUUGAUUUUUGGCAUCGGUGCGACCCUAGGCUGGCAGACAGGAUAUGCGAUCAACUUGGCCAGGGACUUUGGUCCUAGGCUUUUUACCUACUUUGUUGGUUAUGGCCGUGAAGUCUGGACGGCAGGAGAUUAUUAUUUCUGGGUCCCAAUGAUUUGCCCAUUCAUUGGAUGCACUUUCGGCGGCUUCUUAUAUGAUGCCUUGAUCUACACAGGGGACUCGCCCAUCAACACCCCCUGGAUGGGCUGGAAAAGGGUCUUCAAGCCCACGAGAAAGGGUGUCCAUGAAGCCAUUUGGGGCCCCCCGGAUCUCGAGAAACAGGCCUAGGAACAUUUCUGUCCGUUGUUGGCGACACAGCUAACCGUGUCCUUUAAUCCCUCCAUCUGUGCUGAGACUGUUUGGUGUUGUUGGCGACCUGUCUGGGCAUGAUGAGAGAUUUGUGUAAAAGUAUCGUCUUGACUGCAAAACUAGCGUUCCAUUGACGGUGUGGGUUCAAGUUGUCGUUCUCAAGCGUUCGGCUUUGAUUGUCUUUGGUUGUGAUGCCACUGGUCAGGUCCACAAGUCUGGACGUGUUGGCCAUAUGUAUUAGUAUAGCAGGCUAUGCAUCAUAGCAAGAGAAACUGUAAUAGUGCAGACGAAAAUGAUUGGCAUCACA